CAACUGCCAAACAUUGUUGCAGAGUUUCCCCAGCGAAGAUGUUCAAAGUUGUGUUCCUUUUGUGCGGAGUGUUCGCUGUCCUGAUCCAGGCUCGCCCCAGCUACUUGCCCAGCUAUGAGCACGUGGAAUUCGCACCCAGUGUGCUGGGAUACGAGAGUUACGCCCUUCCAGCCGCCGUGUCUCACCAGAGUUCCACGGUGGUGCACGAGAAACGUCCCUACUGGCGCCCCGUUGUGGAUCACACGCCCAUCCUGAAGGCAGCCUAUGCUCCAACUACUUCGAUCUCGUAUGCUCCACUUGGAUACGCUGGCAGCAGUGCGGGAUGGUACGAGCCGGGAAUUUGGGGAGGAGCCAGUUACCCCAGCAUUUACCUGAAGUAGAACAACGAAAUAGGAAACGUCUUUCCCCAGAAAAUCUCAUUUUUGGAUAUGCGUAACAUAUUACCUCGUCUGUUUUGCAAUUUUUAAUUAUACCAAAUAUGCGGCAAAUAAACUUUCACACAAGGUAAUCUA